UUCUUUUAUAUAUUCAGAAAGAUUAACUGGAGUUUGAUGCUCAAAACGUCUUUUUUCGUUUUGGUAGAAAGGCAUCGUUCAUGGAACGAUUUUGGGAUUGCAUACUAUGGGAAAGUACAAGGGCGGUACCGGUGGUACCAUCGUCAACAUGUCCUCCGUGGCUGGCCUCGAAGGCAUCCCCAUAGCACCGAUUUAUGGCGGGACGCAGUACGCUAUCGUGGGAUUCACUCAAUCAUUGAAGCAUUAUUACGAGAAAACCGGUAUCCGCAUGUUGACGAUUUGUCCUGGUUUGACGACCACGGCCAUGGCCGCCAGAUUUAUGUCCACCAAAGAGCACGCCAUGGAUCUUCUCGACGAGGAAACUGCAGCAAAUGCAAUGCAGAACAUGCAAAAACAGCCGCCGGAGAUCGUAGCAAGUGCUAUCAUCGAGCUUAUCGAGAAGGGACAGAAUGGGGCAAUUCUCGUCAUCGAGAAUAAUCAACCCCCUUUUGCGAUCGAGAUACCUAGUUACACUACCCUCAAGGUUCCUAUAUAAGCGUUACAUAAAACCAGAGAGGAACUUUGGUUUUUGACGAUACUAUCCACUAACUGCUAAUUCAAUUCAACUACUAAUACUAAAUUAUGUAAUAAAUACUAAUAACACAUACUGGUAACUUGUUUAUUCAUUUAAUGUCCAAGAGACAUAUAUACGAGAAAUAUUCAAAGUAUUGAUACGCUUACACAAGUUUUCAAUUUCAAGUUACCAACUAAACUUUCAGUGUUUCCUUAGAUUAAUCCACGUAUAUAAGAAAUGUUCAACAACUAUUAAUAUAUAAUUAUAUUAAAAAAAAAAAUAUGUAAUAUUCUAUUAAACAGCAGUAUAAUGUUCAA